AUGUUUUUCACCUUCUUCAUACAACCAUCUAAUAGGUUUGAGCCAGAUUUGGCUUGCUGGGAAUCGAAGGCUAGUUGUUUGCCGUUUGCUGUAGUUGGAAGCAAUCUUUUGAAAGAGGAAGGCGGGAAGAAGAUUAGAUAUAGAGAGUAUCCAUGGGGAGUUGUUGAAGUGGAAAACAUGGCGCAUAAUGAUUUUAUCCCACUCCGUGAUAUGGUUGUUCGAACUAAUUUGAUUGAUAUGAUCGAUGUGACCAGAUCUGUACAUUAUGAAAAUUUCCGACUUCGUCAGAUGGAUAAGCUUCCUAAGCAUGCUUUGGAUAAGGAUCCCUUCACUCAAAUGGAAGAAGACCGCAGGAAGAAAGAGAACGAAUUGGCCGAGAAGAAAAAGAGUUUUGAAAAGACCUUUGCUGAGCGUGUGAAUGACAGGGAAAUCAAAAUUAACGAGAGGAUUGCCAGGGUAAGAGCAAUAAUCGAAACUUUCAAAAUUUCUUUAUACAAACGAAUAUCGAAUACUCGUUCAUAAUA